AUGGCACGAACGUUUGUUGCAUCCACCUCUCCGAGGAGACUGUGUAGAAGCACACGCUCCUCGACCCAUACAGCCACGACGAGAUCACGCUGUCGACGGGCAAGAUCAGCUCGUAGGCGAGUCGCCACACAACCCUAUCCAGCUACACCCACAGCUGCGUUCGUUCUCACUCAGAGUAUAUGCUCGACAGCGUUUGUUGGUAUCACUUCGGCGAUCCGCCUCACAGGGCCUAAGCAGAGGCCAUCUAUAUAUGCGAGCCCUCUACGGCAUUCACGCUCAUGCAUCAGCAGCCCGUACUCAACUUCUGUUUCGCAGACAGCGGCACGGGCGUGUUCCUUCAAACGCACGGGACGGCUGUUGCUGAGGUGCUCUACGACUUCAAGUACUUGUGGCUCAGCGAGCCCACGGCAGAGCUGCGCUAUGACGCAGAGGACAACACGCUGGGCGGAUUGCGCCGCGCCCGGCCAGCCUAUACACUCGCAGAGGUGGCGAAUUUACACGAGUACGUUUGCACGCGUGGCGGCGUCAUCUACAUCCACACUCAGUGGUAUGCCGUUGCCCUUAACAUCGACGAGGCUCUCUUCAUGCCGGUAUCUCGCUGAGCUCAUCACGCGACUAGCGCGAGGGGGGAGGGGAGGUAACGUCGCGGGUGAACCUCGCGGACGGCAAGUCUUGUCUCUGUGUAGCACAUAG